AUGGGGAGUGCAAAAAGAUUGGAGCAUGCGACCACUGCUCGGAAGCACUGGACUACGAGGGAAAAUGGCAAUGUGAAACACGCCAGAGAACCGGGAGAUGCUGGGACAGAUGCGAACAAGCAAAAAGAAAGGCUGGAGAUGGAGCAAGUGCAAGGCGUGAUAAACCCUGAAGUAUCAGAGCUACUGCACAGAAACCUUGAGCUCGCGUACCCGGAGCAAAUACAGUCGAUCUGGGACGAGUUCGGGAGUCAGGAGCGAGUAGGAGAUGUACCUUUUCUACCCUCUUGGGAUGUGACGCAGCUAGACCAAGCUUGCGAGUGGACAGAUCGUUACGAUGACCUGGGCGUUGGCUGCUGCAUCUGGGAUGAUCCGCCUGACCAGGGGAGGACUAUCAGGAGAAUACCAGGCUACUACCCUGAAGAUGAAUCAGAAAGCCAGGGCUCCACCGUGGAAGCUGAUGAUAUCCCGCCAGACGACUCCCGGUCUGUGUUCUCCGGCGGGGAGGAAAGUCCAACGGAAUCAGUGGACUGGCUAAGGUUCGCAGAUCUCCAGUCCGACAGUGGUCCUCACCACAACCAGACCAUUGGUCCUCUGAUGAUGUCAUGUAUGGACAGACUACAGUCUCUACUUCCACCCGAGAUGGAGAACUAUAGAAGUGCUGAAAGGCGAGCAGAUGCUGUACAGGCCUCAUCAUCUCAAAUGCUUCAGGCGUUUGACCCAAGAGCCGCCGCAGCCAAGCUACGUAAGCAGCUUACGGCCAAUGACUCCGUCUUGCAUUUUGAAGAGGUCAAAAAGUCCCUACUGCCUCGCCGAUGA